AUGAGUCUUGAGCGUACACCCCCUAAGUCUAAUAGUGGUUCACACCCCAACCUUACUUUCUUGGCUGACGACGAUCCACGGAUGAAUGUGUCUAGUCGCAAAAGAAAAACGCCAGAUUCUGAAGCACAUAUGUAUAACGAACUAAGGCAAGAGUUAACAGCUUCCCUGGCUAGUUAUCGCCGUGAGUUGAGAGACUCCUUUUCCGAAUUCCAACAAAACAUUAUGACAUCUUUUGAAGGUAUGUUGAACAAGCAAUACGAAAACAUUCAGAAACUGCAGCAAGACUAUAAUGCCAUGAAAACUGAAAUUUCAGACAUAAAACAAUUGACAAUUUACAGCAUGAACAAUCCAACCUACUUUCAAACUUGUCUACACAGAGAGAGGAAGGUGUAA